AUGACAAGGGGUGUGAUCAGCAUUAAUAAUGAUGAGCAAAAUGAAAAUAUCGAGCUCACUCUGUCGGUCAGGCCAAUGGCCUCUUCGGAAAAUGCAAAAGCAUUGCCCGUCCAUAUCAUAGUCUCAUUGUUCUGUCCGAAAUACAGUACAGCCAUCGACACGCAAACCCAUGGUCAGUUAGCGUGUACGGCUACCGACGUGAAUCUAUGCCGUAAUAGUGUACCUCCGGGUCCGACGGGUGUUUUCAGCUAUCUCAGUUGUCAGCGUCCGUCUAACCGUAUGCGCACCUGUAUCUACACGUGCAACGCCGUGCCCUGCGAUGUGACCUGUGCCAAUACGCUUGAUUAUCAGCGUGGUGAAUGUAUUUACGAUGUGACCAGAACCACCACUUCAUGCAUGUGCUUUCGUCAAUAA